ACAAACACCACAAAGAUGGGCCUGAAUCAGCCAAUGAUCGCGCUCCGUGAAUUAAUACCAGCCAAUGGGAACAUGUCAAGCCAGCGGUCUCUUACAGCUACACACCCACAUUACUUUUAUGUCAACCACUUCGCGGGAGUUGUCACUGUAGGAGCGGACGUCUCUGUAAAACUCGACAAACGCCACACCGGAGACCAGGCAACCAUGACUGAAAGAAAGGCAGUGAUCAAAAAUGCCGACAUGUCGGAGGAAAUGCAGCAGGACGCUGUUGAAUGUGCCACACAGGCCCUGGAGAAGUACAACAUUGAGAAAGAUAUCGCUGCAUAUAUCAAAAAGGAGUUUGACAAGAAAUACAACCCAACCUGGCACUGCAUUGUCGGGAGGAACUUUGGCAGCUACGUGACUCACGAGACCAAGCAUUUCAUUUACUUCUACUUGGGUCAGGUGGCCAUUCUGCUGUUCAAGUCUGGCUGAGGGACACCAGCUGACCAUACAUACAGUACUGACUGAUUCGACAAAGGCACUUAUCAUUCCUUGGCAAGGGGCCACUGCCUUUUUCUGUGCUGCUUUCUACUUUGUUCUGUUUUUGAGGAUAAACAAAAAAAUGUGGCCAUGUUAGAGAUAAAACAGUUGUAUUUAUUUUUGUCUUGUUACAUUAGACAUGUCAUUUUUUUAAUUAAAGCGUAGCUGUUAAGCUGUCUGGGUCCAA